UCAAUAGCACUUGUUACUCUCACGUCUUUAAAUAUUGCCUUUUGCUAAGGCAUCGAAAGCCAACCAGAUCUACAAUUUAUUACAAUAACCCCUCCUUACUCCAUCAAUCUUUUUAUCCAAUUCUCUCUCAAUCCUCAAUAAUUUCAUCUCUGCGAUUAAAAUGGCCUGUGCAGCUGACAUCAUUUUCCUCAAAGAUGAGAAGCUCCGAAUCCUUGCAGACCGCAUUCACAGCAUUGAAAUUAAAAACUUAGGGGACAUACAAUUCCGAUCCACAGCGGAGCAAGUUGUUUAUCUGAGAAUUUGCAAUAAUAAUCAGCAAUCCGUUAAGAGCCUCCUAGAUAAGAGUGGUGCAGCAGUGACAAAGUACAAGAACGACGCCGUUCGCGGUCCCAUUGCCAAUCUCAUAUUUAUUUAUACGGAGACAUGCCUCAACAAUGCGCUCCAGGUCUUCAACAACUACACUCUCCGAAGGCACUACCUUGACAAACUCACCUCCCAUCUCGAAAACCUUAUCAACGAAUUGGAUGGUUUGGACACUUCCAAUGCCGCCGCCGUUGCUGCUCUCACCGAUCGAAUUGUGCAUUACAACGAGGCUGUUAUCAACUUCACAAAGAUGACCGAAAGCAAUCGUGCUUCCGAAGAAUUCUCUAGACGUCUCAGGAACAGCGGCGUCGACUUCCCUACCUUUGUCAAAAGACACCAGGCACAUCUUGGAUUUUCUGGACCUUUUGACAAGUUGACAGAUGAACAAAAGCUACUGGUGUAUGAUGCAAUAAUUGAGGCAUCUGGUAGGGGAAAAGUACUGAAUCACAAGGUGCUACAGGCUAUUGCUGUGCCAGGAAGUUAUAAUAGUAACGAUCUAAAAGAAUUAUCCAUUUUGAGUGAUAUCGCAACCAUACUUCUUAAAAAUGCAGCAACCAUAGCUUGGGACGUAUAUGUACGUGACCGCCCGAUCAAAGAGGCGACGCGUGAUGUCGUUGUUAAUUUAGCCAAGAAAGGAGGAGCAUUGUUGGAAGAUAUUGUCACAGCUGCGAUAGUAACUUUAGAGAUUGCAGAGGCAACAAGUCUUUUCGUUACAGGGGUAGGAUUUGUGGCUGGCAUUAUUGGAGCUUAUAUUGUUGGGGAAAUUGCUGGUGAAGUUUUUGAUGCAAUUUUUGGCUCCGCAGGCACUAAUCCUGUGCCUAAUAAAGACCAUAUUUUCUAUGUAGCCGCCAUGCCUGAUGGAAAAAGAGAGGCUAGGAUUGUUGCAUAAACUAAUUCUGCAUCAAACAAAUUUAAUACUGUGGUUUAAGCUUUGUGCUUAUAGCUUAUAAAUAAGUUUGGUCAUCCUAUGUAAAGGAUAAUUGGCACUUCUUAAUAAUUUUUUCUGCAUGGAAAAAUGCUUGUGCCUAGUUUAUUUACUACUUUGAAGUUCAAUAAAAUAAUGUGUUUGAGUAAUUUUUAGCCAAUUUAAUUAUUUUUGGGUUUCAAAAU